GCUCCCCGCGGCCGCUGCAGCCGCCUGUAACCUGCGCCGCCAGGAUGUGGCUGGGGGCUGACGUCGGGUCCAGAUGUGGCCCCGGCCCCGCCCACCCCCGGGGCCGGGCCGCCCACACCGAGCCGCGGCGCGCACGGCAGCUGUCCCGCCUGCCACAAUGCGCGGCGAAGCUGUGGCCGCGACUUGGCACGGUCGUCCCUAACGUCGUUGCUCCGCAUCCUUAGGACAGGCCGCCCCUGACGCCGCGCGGGAGCCCACUGGUCCGCGCCCCCCCCAUGCGUUCACUCUUCGGUGCCCCGCCGGGCCGGCGCCUCACGGACGCGGAGCCGCGCGGGUGACGGCAGAGGCGGCUGCGCGCCCAGCCUAGCCCAGCCCGAGGAGAGGGCGCGCCGCGCCCCCGCCCCCCGCCCGCCCGCUCUCCGGAGACCGUGGGUGCGGAUGCGCCGCUGACGACUCGCCACGACGAGCACUGCCGCCGGCCCGCCGGCCGGAGCCCGCAGCAUGGCAGCCGCCGCCUAUGUGGACCACUUCGCCGCCGAGUGCCUCGUGUCCAUGUCAAGCCGCGCGGUCGUGCACGGGCCGCGGGAGGGGCCGGAGUCCCGGCCCGAGGGCGCGGCCGUCGCCGCCACCCCCACGCUGCCCCGCGUCGAGGAGCGCCGCGACGGCAAGGACAGCGCCUCGCUCUUCGUGGUGGCGCGGAUCCUAGCGGACCUCAACCAGCAAGCGCCGGCGCCCGCCCCGGGGGAGCGCAGGGAGGGCGCCGCGGCCCGCAAGGCUAGGACCCCCUGCCGCCUGCCGCCCGCGCCGCCGCCGGCCCCCGAGCCCGCCUCCCCCGGCGGCGAAGGCACUGCGGCCGCGCCCCCCAGCCCGGCGUGGAGCGAGCCGGAGCCCGAGGCGGGGUUGGAGCCGGAGCGGGAGCCGGGGCCCGCGGGGAGCGGCGAGCCGGGCCUCAGACAAAGGGGUCGGCGGAGCCGAAGCCGUGCCGACCUCGAGUCGCCGCAGAGAAAGCACAAGUGCCACUACGCGGGCUGUGAGAAAGUUUACGGGAAAUCCUCGCACCUCAAGGCGCACCUGAGAACUCACACAGGUGAGAGGCCCUUCGCCUGCAGCUGGCAGGACUGCAACAAGAAGUUUGCGCGCUCCGACGAGCUGGCGCGGCACUACCGCACGCACACAGGCGAGAAGAAGUUCAGCUGCCCCAUCUGCGAGAAGCGCUUCAUGCGCAGCGACCACCUGACGAAGCACGCGCGCCGCCACGCCAACUUCCACCCGGGCAUGCUGCAGCGGCGCGGUGGCGGCUCGCGGACCGGCUCGCUCAGCGACUACAGCCGCUCGGACGCCAGCAGCCCCACCAUCAGCCCUGCCAGCUCCCCCUGAGCUGGCGCCGCACGCAGCCAUGAGCAGCCGCUCCCGCCUCCCGCCCCCUUUUGUAAUAAGAAAGAAGAGAGAACUUCACAGAAGUCCACGAGAAAACACUUUCUUCACCUCAGGUGUCAAAGUAAAUUUGUAAAAAAAUCAAAAAACAAAAAAAAAUUUCAAAAAACACCACCCACAAAUUGCACAAUAGACAUGCCCACGAAGUUGAGAUUCAGCGGUGUUGAACCCUCUUUCUCAGGGAUGGACACGUUCCACGAGGUCAGUGAGGACACCCUUCCUGCCGCCUUACUCUGUACAUAGAUUUGCACUCUGGAGUUUUCUGUCCAGGAACAUAGUGGGGACAGAGCAGGCCAGCUGGGCCAGGUGGCGCUGGGCAUCCGUCCUGCUCGUCAGCCCGUCAGUUGGGAGCAGACGUGGUCACUGACGUCUGACGUUUGUGGUCCUCAGUGGCAGGCGUCCCCCGCCUUCCUGCCCGAGGCCCACCUCUGGCCUCCGCCACACAGGCCUGGCUGGGUGACCACACAGCUGUUUCUGGGAAACAGGCCCCCUUAGAGGGGUGCCAAAAGCCGUGGCAGAAGGACCACCUGCCUCUCAGACUGUGGAGGGAGCAGCUGCCCUCUGGGGCCCUGCCUGCCUCCCUCCCUGCCCCAGGAGACCCCUGGUGGCCCCUCAGAGCACUGGAAGCAGAGCUGCGGGGCCCAGCCUGGGGACCCAGGGGCCUGGGAUAUGCCUGCCUGGGACCUCAUUGCUCUGUGUCCCUGCAGAAGGCACCUGGAGCCCCUUUGCUAUUGUACCAUGUUCUCCCACCGGGAUUCUGGUCUUCUAAAAAGAUGGCAGAAAGUCUCAUUGGUGUAUCCAGUUCCGGAGUUCUCCCCACGGGGCUGCCGUCCAGGCACCUUUGAAACCACGGUGAGGUCGUGGGGCGGCCUCAUCGGAGGGUCUUUGUGAGCAGCCAAGCUUGUGGCUGUGCGUUCAGUACUUCGUAGAGACCGUUCUGUAGCAAGAGACCGGAACAUUGUGACUUGGAACUUUUUAGGAGUGGCACAGCGGAUGUUAUAGGAAAUGCUGUCGGGGAGCAUGUGCGCUGCUUCCCCCCCAGGGAGCACUAGACGGAAAGUUGUGGGAAACACUUUUCUGAGACCCACCGUGUCCCCUGGCUCCCUCCUCCUUUUCCCUCUGGCUUUUCCCUGCCCUGCAUGGGAGGCCCCAGGCCACACCCAGCCUGUGGCACUUUAGGACUUCUGAGGGUGCCCCAUGGCUAGCCUUUUCCUGGUAGGAGAAGGGGAGCAGAGAGCUCUGGGGCACUUGCUCCCAGAGCCCUGGCCUGAGCUAGGCUGGGGUUCAAGUCCUGGGCCAGGUCAGUCAAGCCAUGGUCCAGCAAGUUCCUCUGCAGGCACCUGGGGUAUCCACCCCAGCCUGCAGCCCAGGCACCACUGUCCCUUCUCCUGAGAGGAAGGAGGAAGUUCGGGCCUGUACAUACAAGGUCCCAGGAUAGAGUAUGUAUGUGUGUGUGUGUGUAUAUAAUGUGUGUGUGUGUGUGUGUGUAUGUAUGUUGGUGGGGGUGGGUGGGUUUGGGGAAGACUCGGGUUAUCUUGUAGAGAUACCCAUUCCAGUGGGUACUCAUUUUGAUGAGAAAUGGCCCUUGGGACCUCGGAGGGCCAUAGGUGGGCUUCCUCGGCCCAGAGUGCCUUGGUUGUGGCCAUCCUGCUUCCACUGGCCCUGCCACGGCGUGGUGUGCAGCACAGAGAAACCCCAGAGACCCAGGCCCAGCCAGUACCCACAGCCUCUGGCCGCUGUUUCUGGCUGGCUCCAGAGUGGAUGGGUGCCCUCCAUCCACAGCAGCUGUGCAAGUGGCAGUGUGUUCCAGGUGCCCGUUUCGAACUACCAUGUGUCAGCUGAGAUUGGCUAAUGGCAUGGUGGUGGCUUCUGAGUAGCACAGUGGGCACUACAUGGUGGCAGGGAGGGGUAGCCCCCAUCCUGGUGAGAUGUAGAGCUGGCCACCCUGGGUGCCAUGCUGCACGGGGGCUGUGGGGCAGCCCUGCGUGUUUUUGGUCUGGGAGAGAGAGUGGAUAUGCAGUAGGGACCUUGACAGUAGAGAGCCCUGGGUGCUUGGGGUGCAAAGAUCUUCAUGCCCGGUUCCAAAGUGAGGUCCCUCCCAAAGUUGUUUCCGUGUGAGGCAGAGACAGCCACACUCUGAACACAUUUCAUGUCUCAGGAAUUCACAUUCCAGGUUCAGGAAUUUUAUUCCAAAGUCCUUCGGUGCACUCACCGUCCAGGGUUCUGGAAGGCAGGGAGAGGGAGCGGCGUGUCCCCGGGAGGCCAGAGAAGCCCUCUCCGAGGGAGAAGCCAACGCUCUUGAGGUCUGCACUGCCCACGGUGUCUUGGCAGGAGGUUUCCUAACUCCACAUUGUCUACACGUACGAAGGGAAAGAAAGGACUCCAAACACCAUCAUCUUGGAAUAAAAAAAAUAGAGCUGGUUUGUUUUAGAGCAGGGUCGGGGGGUGGGGGAGGGAAGUGGGGUGUUGGCUGUUUCCAAAGAGAGCACUUAAUUUAAUUUUUCCUCUAAAUGACCCAGGGCUGUUCCGUCUGAUAGAUGGAAGGGUAACAUUGCCUUAAAAUAGAAAUAUGCAGGAGUUGGCUAUUUUUGGCAAAUGAGUGUGUCUUCAUUCCCAAAGUGGUUCUCGUGUAAUGGCAGGGUGCGGUCCUUGGGCCCAGCCUGGCCUGGGAAGUGGGGACAGGGCACCAGGAGGGAAUUCCCUGCUGGGCGUUCCUGGCCAGACCCUCUUGAAUCAUCUGGGGCUUAAAUUCAUCUCACUUGAAAGGGGGAGGGGGGAUCCAUGAAUCUCAGGCUCAGUUCAGAUGGUUUCUCACUAGCAGGUUUCCAUCUCAUCAUGAAACGGGGGUGCCUAUGUAAGAGGGCGGAGGGCAGGACCCCCCUGAAACAGCCUUCAUUUUCUUCUAACGUGUAGAAUGUCUUCCCAGCCUGGGUCUAUUUCAGGGUCUUUCAUUUUUGUGGUUUAUGGCCAUGCUUGCCGGUUUUGGUGGGUUUGAGGAACCCAUAGGGCUCGUAGAAAUAAUAGUGAAAACUCAAAUCUUUAUUUUGAGGCAGACUUCGGUUCUAGUGGGCCACAGGGUAGAGAUCGCGAAGGUCGCCUGAGUGAAGGGAGAGUUCCCUACACAAAGGGUCGGGUGUUCAGCUCAUGUCCCAAACAAGAAAGCCCCUCUUCGCAUCAGCCAUAUUAGGGGAACAUUGUCAGCUCCCCAAAUGCCUACUGAAUCCUACAGCCAUACAGAAAAACACAGACGAACACAGCCUUUCCACAAGGAGCCCUGGAGUCCUCUCCUGCUGGGUGCUAUGUAGGAGCGGGCAGUGAUGCCCUUGAAGGGAACGCAGUCCUGGAGGUGCCUACCUGUGUCCCGCUGCACCCACAGCACUUGAGGUGCAAAAUUCCCCCCCCCCAACUUUAUUCCAAGGCCAUGCAGCUGUGUAGGUGCAGGAUUUGCCAUGGUGCAGCCUCCAGGUAGAAGCACCUGUGACCCCAGCCAGGCCUCACCACGCCCUGGGCCACUGCUCAGCCCACUGAGGGGAGAUGCAGGGGUGGGGUGGGGUGGGCAGCGAGGGCUGGCCUCUGCUAAGGUGGACUGCACGGGGUCCUAGCACUCCCUAGGGACCCCGUUCAGGACCUCAGCUGUGCCACCCAACAGGAAGAUGUGAUCUGAGCAAUAGCAUGGCCUCAUUUCUGGGCUCCUGGUUGUGGCUGUGUUUACAAGGCUACCUGAUUAUUUUGACUUCUGAAAGAUGUCACUUUUUGUUUUUUUGUUUUUUAAACCCACCAUUUUAAAAAGGUCAUUUAGUCAAAGACACAGUGCUGGAAGGUUUAGAGGGUGUGAUGUGUUGGCCAUGUUGUAACCAGUAAGAAACGCUUUGUAAAGUUAUCCACAUCUUUUCCUGUCCAAAGUUUCCAUAUGCGAUUCUAGUAACCAUAUUUUCCAAAGCUAAAAUGGAGAUGUAGGCUGAUGGUUUUUGAAUUCAGGAUCACCUCGGUCCUAUGAUCCAGGACCACCAGGUCCUAUGAUUCUGAUUUCCUGAUUCUGAGGCUUUGAAGUUUUGUCCUACACACAUUCCAGAGAAUUUUGUACCAGAAUUUGGAUGUACAAUCCAGCUUGCUACUGAUAAAGGCCUGUAUACCCUUUAGGGCGAGGCCCUUCCUCCUGCCUGCUGUCCUGGCCCUCACCAGUCGGAAGAGUUGAAUGUGGCAGGAGACGGGCCUGUGUCCGUGUUUGGUUUCUACUGACCCCUUAUCCAGAUGACUUGCAGUGUGGUGACCUGGCCCUGCCCAGCCUCUCCCUUUCUCAUACAGCUUUAAAACGUUACUACUUUUAUUUAAAAAUAAACAGGAUGGGAGAAAAGUAGCGUCCCUUGCCCUGCAAGUCAUACACUCUGGGGUGGGGGGUGGAAUGGAGGCAGGAAGGCCUGGGGGUGGGUGUGCGGACAGCUUUCCUCCAGGGCUCGGCCUUGUUCCCUGGCUUCUUCCUAGAGGACCUGUUGACAGGCCACCGUGCACGCUCAUUUGGAAACCAAGUGUGUGAGCUGAAUACCUACAAGGACACCCACUCAGCACAAUAGCUGGCCUUAGCUGGCCGGCUCCCUCCCCAGGCUGCCCUCCCAGAGGAGCAAGGGGAGUGGCUUCCCAGUGUGGCUCAGACCCCAUGUGGGUCACAGUCCUGGUGUCCAUUUCCUGGUCAGGGUGCCUCACCUGGGUGUGUGAGUGGAGACUUUGCUCCCUGGCCUCACCCUAGAGAGGCCCCUUGUGCUGAGUGCUGGGCCCUGGGGCUCUGCACCAGGGGGGCUUUCUACUGAGCACCUGUACAGUGUCGGGCUGGGGCUUGCCAUGGCUCCUUGGUGGCCAGGAAUUGUUUGUGCGGAUAUGUCGGGUGCAGCCAGCGGGGUCUCAGCUGCUCCAGGUCCGCAUAGGCCACCCCUUCCCAUCCAAAGUCAUUGGAGGAGCUUCUCUGGAAUUGUUUGCCAAAAGCCCAAGGCAGAAUCCAAGGGUCCAAGACCAUUUCCAUGGAGCUCAUGUUUUCCUUUUCCAUAGGAACUUUUUUUUUUUAACCAGCACCCAACCAUGCUUCCGAAGGCCACGUUUCAUCCUUCCUGGAUCACUACAGUGAAGUAUUACAGUUGUACAGUUCCCAGUCUGGCCUUGGCUUGCUUGGAUAAAACUUUGUAUGUAUUUUGUAUGGCAUAGAUUCUAUAUUGUAAUGAUGUCCUAUGCAAAAAGAAAAAAAUUAACGAAAUUGUAAAUUUUAUUGUUUUAACGUGUAUGCAUGUUUAGUGACGUUUACAUUUUGAAAUAAAAUUUAUGAUUCAUUAUU